UUAUUUUUAUACUAAGACUUGUCUAAGAUUCAAUAAUUAUUAUUCUAAGAGUAUGUGAACAAAAUAGCAUAAACAUUAUUUGAUAUUUUCAUUGUGAUAUGACGAAUAAAUAAAAUUAAUACUAAUUAGCGUUCCAUACGAAUACAUUAUAUCAAUACCACACUACUACAUAACAAAGCUCCUGUGUAAUAAUGUAUUGGACCUUUAUUCAAAAAAGUCCAUUAAACGUUUAAACGAAUCAUUAAAAAUGUGAAAAUAAUAAUGUUCACCCACUCUACUUGAACCUACCCCGGUUAUUAUUAUGUAUACAAAAAAUAAUCUUAUUUUAUAAUCUUGUUUUUUUCCAUUCUGUAUGAAACUUAUACUGUAAAUUAUAUAAUAUUAUUUUAUUCGACAGCUAUUUCAGAAAAUACUGCAUAUCGUUGCAGAGCGACCAAUUAAUAAUUAUUCAACUUUGUUUAAUUGACAAUUAUACAAAGUUAAAUAUUAUAAUAUUGUAUAAAUAUAAGACAAUAUACAAUCAGUUGCAUGUGUCAUUCUUCGUGUUCUUUGUCACAAGAUAAACCCAUCAUUUAAAAUGAAUUGAUCAACUAUUUAUAAAAUAUCCGUUUUCCUAAAUACGUGUCCUUGUCUUUCUUCCCAGUUUUUCGUUCCGCCACAUGAGUAUAAUAAUACACCAUAUAGGUACUCUAGGAACUGAUCGCAACCAUUCUUUUUAUGUCAACUCAUUUCGGCACCAAAAUGUCACUCAUCACUGACCUAUAUUCUGUAUAAGGUGACAACAUAUUUUGCUAUUCGCUUGUUCGGUAACGUUAGCCAAAGUACAGACUACUACAUGGUGUACUUAGUUUAUAGGAAAUUUGACAGUAUAAUACUUAUAUUUAAUGCUAAAUAUUCAUAAGCGUAUAAAUUAUAUUUUAAUGUUCAUAUUAUACAAAUACUAUAAUUGUUUUGUGCAAAAUAUUCAUAGCGAGUUUGUACAGUUUAUAAUGUCAACAAAUGGUUACUAUGACUACUUAUAAUAUGGUCAAUAUGUGUAAGAUUAUUGACCCCAUAUUUUCGUGCAGUCUUAAGACGGAACAGUAUCGUGUUUCUUUGUAUGACUUAAGGUAUCGUAGUUGUUUUCUUUUUGUAGCCAGAUAAACAAAUAUAUUUUCAUGAUCGAAAAUAUUUUUCUACCGACAUUAAUAUGGUAGUGAAAUCGGUAUCAUUAGUCGAACUGAAAAAACAGCAAUGGGCAAAAGAAAAAGAAGAACUCGUAAGACUUAAUGGAUACUGGAAAAAUCCAAAAACACCGAUUGUUUUCAACGAUCAAAGGGACCAUAUUAUUAAUAAGGAAGUACAGCGUUUUAAUGAAAAUGAUCGUUAUGUCUUAAGCAAAGAUAUUCAAUCCCAAAAUAAUUUAAGUUUUCCCCCGAUUUCACAUGAAAAUCAAAAACAAAAUGUACAGAACAAUAUUUAUAUCAAUAAAAUGGAAAAAAAUUUAAAUAACAAUAACCAAAACGGAGUAACGGAUGAAUUCAAACCGAAAAGUACUCACACUAUCUUAAAUCGAACGUAUACAAUAUCAAAAGAAAACAGUGUUAGUGUACAAGGCACAUUAGAAAGACAAAAAUGGGAUAAACAGUGUAACGCUUUAAAUUCUCCAAACUUCAAUUCAAAUGAGAGAAAGUAUUUUACAAAUGAAAACAAUAAUGAAACACCGGCUUGGAUUGAGUAUUCACCAGAAAAACCUUCUACUCUCAAUGAAAAUGGAAAAGCACAGCCUGAAGGAAUUCGCAAAGUUCCGGAUUUCAGAGGCAGCUCUGAUACAUUGUGUCCAUUAGAUUCGAACAAUGUUAAUAACAGGACUUACUUGUUGGGCCAAAAUAUUCCAUUAACCACAGAAGAGUUGGCCGCUAGAGAAAUAAAGAGACAAAAAGCAAUAGAACUUCAAGAAGCGAUUAAACAACAGUUAAGAGAAAGACAGUUAAAAAAAAGAGAAGAAAUCGAAAAGAAAAAACAGGAUGAUUUGGCCGAAGAACGACGAAUACAGAAACAGCAAGAAAUCGAAAGAAAACGAUUAGAAGAUGAAUUUAGGCGACAGAGAGAAAAAGAAUUGUGUGACGAGCGCAAAGCCAAAGCAAUGCAAGAAGUUUUGGAAAAUGCUCAAAAACAAGCAAAGGAAGACAAAUCAAAAAACAUGCAAAAAAAACGUCAAAAUCAAGAUGAAAUAAAAGAAGAAAUUCCAGAAAAGGUUGUUGGCAGUAACGACGAACAUAUAACUUGCUCAGAACUUCCUACACGAGAACAAAACGUAUCGGAACUACCAGUAGAGCAACUAAAAGAAAUUUCUAAAUCACCGGAAGUCGACUCAAUACUUCAGACUUCACUUUCUCCGACCAAUCGUCAAAAAUUAAUAACACCUAGCAAAUUUCGGAGUCAAACUACUAGUGUUGCAAUACAAACGGAGUUAUUAAAAAAACCAAAAACGAUUGGAAAUGUUUUCCAAAAAUCGAUAGAUUUGGACAAAAGACCGAAGUGGGGAGUGAACAGACCAGAAGUCCAGUACAUCAAACAAAGUGCCAAAGAUCCCAAUUAUCAAUUAAAAUUGAAACAAAAAUCUUCGUGGAGCAGACGUACGAAUAAUACCGAUUCGGCAAAAAGUCAAUCAGAUAUUAUUAACGGACGAGCUGGAAACUAUUCGUUACCAGAUAAUUAUUCCAAAAAAAUGUCUGCAUAUGGCCGACCAAAUUUUGCUGAAAUGAAUAUGAGCAAAGGAGUUUCAAAUAAAACACCUUUGAUGGAUAGUAUAUCGGUUAGCGAUGUGCUAUAUCAGUUAUCUUCAUUGCGAAAAGUAUUAGAAACCAAACGAAAACAUUGGAAGAGUGUUAUUGCUGACGAAUCCCCGUCUUCGGAUUCUUCAUGAUUUAUUACAAUAAUAAAUCAUACAAAUUAUUAUUUAAAGAGUCGAUGACACAGUCGAAAAAAUGUAUUAUCAAUUCUUUUUCCCAUUAAUAUUUAUUAAAAGAUUUUUUCAAAAUAUUUACAGUGAAAUAAUUGCUUGAAAUAUUAACGUAAAUAAAUUACUAAAAAACUAAAAAACUU